AUGGGUGCCACCACGAGCCAAUCGGCGCCCAUGACGAGCGUGGUGACGGUCCCCAGGUACUCCAAGCUGGUGCGGUCGCCUGACGUGCUGUCUGUGGGCACACUCUUGUUCCGCGACCUCUACUGGGACGUCCAAGUGAAGCCUAUGGGUUUCGACGAGGACGGCCUAGCGGAGGACUUGGUCGUCUCGGCCGCCAUCAACCGCGGGCUGCACACACUCGAUUCGGCCGUCGGCACCUAUAUCUCCAUCGAAAUCCUCGACGCCACCGGCAAGCACACCGUCUUCCACAAUGAGAGCAACCGGGCAACGAUACAAGAACCCAGCGAGUGCUUCAUGUUGUGCCUAUGCGUGAGCAGGAGGGAGAUGGAGGCGUCGUCGUGCGUGUGUGCCCGUUACAACGAAUUCACCCUCAGGUGCACCCUGGAGAAGAAGCAGCAGCAAAAAAAGCGGCCACGCCUCCUCGGAAACUCGUUGAAAUCCGAUGCUGUCUUGGAGCCACCGCAGGUCGCCAUGGCCGGGUCCCACACGCUUACCAUCGGGAGUGUCUCCCAGCUCAGGGCGGCACUUCAGGACGGGGAGUGUGCCUACUCCACGCACUUCGCCGUGGGAGGGAGCACAUGGUACCUCAAAUUCUGCCCCAGAUCGUAUAAAUUGACUUACCUGUACCUCGUCCGCGCGAACAAGGUGGAGGAGACCCCGGUAACGACAGCCGAGUUCAGCUUUGAGCUCGAGGGGGCGGUGAACUUCGAGUCCCAGAAGAUGAGACACACAUUUGACCGUGACAAUGAUGACUUCUACUGCCAGCUGGAGCAAAUUGGCGCGUCGCCCAUGCAGGAGGACCGCCUCGUUGUUCGGUGCUGUCUCGCCAUUAUCAUGCCGGAGGAGAUUCCGACCGCCGUCACCUUGUGCAGCGAAUCAGUGCUGACUCCUACUUGGCGCCAUGCAUGCCUAGCUAGUUUGCGUUGCAGAAGGCAAGUUCAGGCAAAAUUAGUAUAG